GGUAGUGUUCAAAGUAGAAUAUUACAUUUCUUUGCUAGUCUUUUGGUAAAGUAAAGAUAUGAGUGUGCUGUUCUUUGGAUGAUCUAACUGUGUGGGAAAACUCAAUAUUCCUGCUAGAUUACAUAUAUUUUGGCUAAAAUGAGCAGUCUGCAUUUAAGUGUCCCAAAAUUGAGAAGAAAUACUUAAUUUAUUGGAUCAGUGUUUUCCACCUUAUAACAUGGUCAUGUUUAUGGUUUGUAUCAUUCACCAUGCAGUGGUCAACUGCCUGAAUGUCUGGAACUGUGGUCUAGUGAACUUUAAAGGUGGCUGGCCUUUCCAUGACUAGACAACACGAGGUGCUGGUUCAGUCUUGUCCUUGUCAGUGCUUAUGUGGCCUCGGUGACAAUGAUGCUCAUGACGCUGUUAACGCAGUCUAAAGAUCACUUGUCUUCCACCUCUCUGAUGUGCAUAUCUGUAGGUCAAGGUUGAAAGGUUUGUCAGGUCCUUGCCAAUGGUUGGUGGUUUCCUCUGAUACUUGGGUUUGCACCACCCAUAAAACUGGCUCGCAUGGUAUAGGUGAAAAACAGUUGAAUAUGGCAUUAAACAACAAUUAAAUAAAUGAAUUAAAACCACAGCCUUUGAGAGCUGGAUUCUAACAUACAUGUACUUGACUAUAACCUCAAGGGUCAACAGAGGCCUCUGUGGCUCAGUUGGUUAGCGCGCUAGCAUAGCGUAAUGACCCAGGAGCCUCUCACCAAUGCGAUCACUGUGAGUUCAAGUCCAGCUCAUGCCUGCUUCCUCUCCGGCCAUACAUGGGAAGCUCUUUCCGGUUUAAUCCCUCUAUAAUGCUGGCCGCCAUUGCAUAAGUGAAAUAUUCUUAGCGUAAAACACGAAUGACGUAAAGUAAAUAAAUCACGUGACAAUGGCUCAUCAGCUCGUAAGAAUUUAGAUACAAUUUUAUGGUCGAAUGAAAAAGGACCAAUUCCCCAUAGAUUAAAACAAUACUAGGACUACAGUUUGGUGACUGAGUGUUAAAUCUGUAUUCUGUGUUUUGUCUACAAGGCGCCUGGACUCCAAUGCUCUGAUAUGUGACUGUCAGAUCAUGUGGUUAGCAGAGAAGUUAAAAUCUGAUCAGACCCAUACUCAGGCAGCAGCCACCUGCCAGCAACCACGAGAGCUCCAAGGGAGGUCACUCACCAGUAUCGCCAAUGAUGAAUUCCAGUGCAGUAGGCAGGCCAAGGUUCACAAUGGAGCCGCGUGACGUGGAUGUGACAUUUGGGAACACGGCCUACUUUACCUGUCGAGCUGAAGGGGAUCCCAGCCCUGAGAUAACUUGGCUUCAUAACAACAAUGAGAUUGACACAAAUGACUCUCGUUACCGUGUGCUGGAUGAUGGGACAUUGAUGAUCCACCGUACAAUAGAGAAUGACAAAGGCGUGUAUGAGUGCGUCGCCAAAAACGUGGCUGGAGAAGCUAAAACAUCCGGAGUAGAACUUCGGUAUUUUGGAGACCCAGUUCCUCCCAAUUUUAUACGUACCCCUAAAGACGUAACUACAGUGGUUGGUCAGACCAUACAGCUGGAGUGUUCUGCAGAGGGUCACCCCAAACCAGAAAUAACGUGGACAUUGAACAACAAUGCGCUGCCGCUGGAUCGGCGCUUCACCGUGCUGUCAUCUGGUGCACUGCUGAUCUCUGACAUCCAUCCUGAUGACCAUGGAGAGUAUCGCUGCACUGCGGUCAACAGUAUUGACCGGAUCGUGACAGAUGUCAAUGUGGCCGUGCAGAUUCCUCCACUAUUUAGGACCAACCCACCACUGGAGGUGGCUGUUUCCUUGGGGGACGUGGCAGAGUUCAGAUGUGUGGCUGAUGGAAGUCCUGGGGUGAUCCAUUCCUGGUCCAAAGAAGGAAUCUCCCUUGGGAACCGUGGCCGCUAUGAGGUGUUGGACGAUGGUAAAACUUUAAGGAUCUUGAAUACCCAGGUGUCUGAUGGGGGCACGUACAACUGUGUGGCCGAGAAUUCCGCAGGCAGGAUUGAGGUUUCCGUCGAACUGAAAAUUGCCAAUCAACUUCCCCCCACUUUCACCCGACAGUUGUCCGAUGUGGAUGCACUUGUCAGCUCUAAUGUAGACCUGGAUUGUGCCGCUACGGGUGACCCACAGCCUCAGGUGAGGUGGCUUCGAGAUGGCGUGCCCAUCAGGGACUCAAGACGUUUCCAGCUCUCUAAUCACAUCCUGCAGAUAAGAGGAGUCACCAAAGCUGAGGAAGGGAUUUAUGAGUGCGUGGCCACGAAUGGUGCGGGCGCAGCAAGGUCUUCAAUCCGCCUUUGGGUGAGGAACUCAAACACAUCUUACCCUGGUGAUGCCUUUGUGAGGAACUCUCUCCAGGAAGCCAUCAACAGUGUUGACAAUGCUGUCAACAAUACACUGACCCACCUGCGGGAUCGCAGUAGAACGCACUCGGUGCAGGACUUGUUGCAGCUGGUGCGUUACCCGUCGCCGACAGCGCUCAGCCUGGCGCGGGCAGCCGAGGUGUUUGAGCAGACGUUGGAGCUGAUCCACAACCAUGUCAGGAAUGGCCACAACUACAACACGCACGGGCAUGAGCUGUCAUACGGGGAAUUGGUGUCUCCGAGCCACAUACACCUGAUUGCCAACAUGUCGGGAUGUUUACGUCAGCAACCAGACAUCGACUGCUCGGACAUGUGCUUCCACCAGAAGUACCGCAUGGCGGACGGCACGUGCAACAACCUGCAGCACCCCACCUGGGGAGCAUCUAACAUGGCAUUCAAGCGGCUGAAGAAACCGGUGUACGAGAAUGGUUUUAAUACUCCCAUCGGCUGGGAUCGAAACAAACUAUACAACGGCCAUCGCCUUCCCAGUGCCCGUCUGGUAUCUACGACGAUGAUGUCGUCCCGUCAUGUGACCUCGGAUGAGAGCAGCACGCACAUGUUGAUGCAGUGGGGGCAGUUCCUGGAUCACGACCUGACACUGUCGCCACAGUCUAUCAGCUAUGCGCGCUUUAGCGAUGGUCGCCGAUGUAAUGACACCUGUGAUAACCGCUACCCAUGCUUUCCAAUUCCCGUGCCGGGUGAUGAUCCUCGGAUACGAACCCAUACCUGUAUAGGCGUGUCCCGAAGUAGUGCCACUUGUAGGAGUGGAACCACGUCCCUUUUCUUCAACACCUUAGCUCCCAGAGAGCAGAUCAAUGCGCUCACGUCGUACAUUGAUGCUUCCAAUGUUUAUGGGAACACGAUAGGUGAUGCUGAGAGAUUGCGGGACUACGAAGAGGACAAGGGACUGUUGCGAGUAGGGCCUCGUGGGAUUGCUGGGAAGCCCCUCCUGCCUUUUGACACCAACGGAAUCAUAGCCCAAGCCGACUGUCAGAUAGAGAAUGGGAAGCGUCAUGUGCCAUGCUUUCUGGCUGGAGACCAUAGAGCCAAUGAACAACUGGCUCUCACAGCCAUGCACACGCUGUGGCUACGGCAACACAACACCAUGGCAACAGAACUGAAAGAAAUUAACUCCCACUGGGACAACAAUGUACUCUAUCACGAAACCAAAAAGAUUAUAGGAGCCAUGAUGCAGCAUAUUACAUAUUCUCAUUGGCUACCGGAAGUAUUAGGCCCCAUUGGCAUGGAAAAGUUGGGGCCCUAUGAGGGGUAUAACCCCAGUGUGGACCCCACCAUCACCAAUGAGUUUGCCACAGCUGCAUUCAGAUUUGGACAUUCACUGAUCCAGCCAGUCAUGUUCCGACUGAAUUCCUCCUUCCAGCAAAUUUCAGAGGGUAACCUUCCACUUCACAGGGCGUUUUUCUCCCCAUACCGGCUGAUGGAGGAGGGAGGCAUUGACCCCCUGCUCAGAGGGAUGUUUGGUGUGGCAUCCAAAAAGCGCAUGCCUGCGGAGAUGAUGAACAAAGAACUGACAGAGAAACUGUUUGCCCUAGCCAAUCACGUGGGCAAAGAUCUGGCCGCGCUGAAUAUUCAAAGGGGUCGUGAUCAUGGAAUACCGGGCUACAAUGUUUACAGGGAAAUGUGCAAUAUGACCAAAGUGACAAACUUUAAUGAGCUGAGGGGAGAAAUACCUGACUGGAACGUACGGAGCAAACUGCGGUCAUUGUACGGACACCCAGAUAACGUAGACUUGUUUGUGGGUUUGAUGAGUGAAAACCCUCUACCUGGCUCUAAGUUGGGCCCCACCCUGAUGUGUAUGCUGGUUGAUCAGUUCAAGAAACUCCGCUCUGGCGACAGGUUUUGGUACGAGAACCCUGGUGUAUUCAGCCCUGCCCAGCUUGUGCAGAUCAAACACUCCUCUCUCUCAUCGGUCAUCUGUCAGAGCAGUGACAGUAUUGAGGAGAUCCAGAGCGACGUCUUCCACAUGGCACACCACCCCCAGGAUUACCUCUCUUGCUCUAGGAUACCCAAACUUGAUCUUAAACUUUGGGCUGACUGCUGUGAAGAUUGUAACUCUGCAGGCCAGUUCAAUACAAUCACUGGUUUGUUCCGUGGACGACGCUCCCCUCAGCACAGUUAUCCUAAUGACUUUCCUCAAGGCCAGACUGGCUUCCAGCAGGUUAACAUCCCACAGGCUGGCCACACCCACAACAUUGCCGCCUCACAUAACAAUCAUAUUGACAGCAGUAGCACGCUCGGGACGACCUUCAAGACAGAAAUGGAAGAGUUCACGCGGAGAAUGCACGGCAUGGAAGGCAUGAUGCAUAAAAUGACCAAGGACAUCAAAAAACUGAAAAGAAAGGUUAGGCGGAUAGAGAAAGGCAUGGAACACUCAGGAGGUGGCUGCAUGGAUGAACAAGAAAGGCCACGGAAGAACGAUGAGAAGUGGAAAGUGCAUGACUGUAAAACUUGUAUAUGCCAGAAAGGCCAGGUACAGUGUGACACGAUGCUCUGUCCAAUCCCAACCUGUCAUGAGCCCCGUAAAAUCCCUGACCAGUGCUGUCCUGAGUGCUAAGUGCCGGUCACUACUGGACACCCUCUCAUUUCCCACACUGCCAAUGGUCACAGAAUAUAAGUCUUCUCAGGAUCUCUUCUCUUGACACAAGCCAAACAAGGAUGGCUUUCCCCAGAAAAGCAGAUCUAACAGCAAUGUUAAUGUUUGCAGGUGUGACAAUGCAUAGAUUGUUUUAUGCCGGGAAUACUGUAUUUCACCUAAAGUUUAGCUUUUAAAAAUGUACUUUAAUGUGAACAUAAAGUGUGCCACUAUGCAUACAUCGAAAAAAUGAUACAGGACAGAGUUAUCACAGAAAAAUAUGUAAAAAAAAAAAACUCUAUAAAGGUUUGAAAGCCAAGAAGAUUAAGUUCAGCGCUGGAGAUAUGGCAGUGAUGGACAAUUCACUGCAAGUAGCCAUGUUGUAGAAGUGCUUAUGAACUUGGCCAAUCACUAGCGCUGAAAGCGUCACGUGAUAAUUGGCUGUCACAUCAAAAACCUAUUAGCUCUCGAUUGUCAGUGUGGUUUCUUAGUGGGUAGACAGAUAUUGAUGCAAUUCAGUGGAUUUCGCAGUUAGCUUAAGUGUCAAGCUGAUGAAUUUUGGACCGCAGGAUACUGUUGUAACUUGUACCGGUGAGCUGGCAAGAAAACCGCCUUGAGAGUAAUUGCUUGACGAAAACUAUUGUGACUUUGCAUUAUUUUUCCCUCAGCAAAUUCAGAUUUAUUGCAAAAAUAUCUUCCGAAAAACUGAUUGUAAGAGUCCCAUAUCAAUCAGAAGAUCCUGCUAUGUUUGGUAAAUUCCCUGAAGUCAGUACAGCAAGCUAGGCCAAAUGCUUACCCAUGCAGGAGAACAAGCAGGACUGCUAAAACACAACGCUUGUGUUCUCGAGUGUCGACCUCACAGAGGGCCAAACUAAAAGAAAUAUCAGCCCUUUGAAUAUGGAAUAGAGCUGGUUGGGUACCGGGCGUUUUUGUUUGUAUCUUCUCAUUGUCACAUUCUUUAAUACCGAUGGUACGGAAGAGCUCCUUGGCUUUGUGAUGUCACUCUAGAUAGGUAUAAUAUGGCAAAAUGCCGUCACCAAAUGGGUGGAUAGGUACUGACGAUUGCUUGCUGUUUAUUUUGUUGAUAUGUGGUGUCGAAUUUUUAAAAUAUUUUUAGAACAUUUCUGGCAUACUACUUUAUUAAUUAUUUUUGCUUUAAUGGCUGACUUUAUGUUCACUUUAAGAAGCAAUAAAGGCAUUCAAAUGCUGCUUUACUUUUUAUGCCAGCACUAAAGUUUUUGUUAUAAAAACUUAAGAAAUGCACUUUUAAGAAGCACAUUUAAGGUGUUCAAAUGAUACCUUUUAAUCCAAUAAAAAUUUGAUCAAACUUCACAUGAAACUUUUAAAUGGCUCUAGCGAGGAAUCAUUCAGAAUCAAGCAAAAUGUAUCGCUUAAAAAAAACAAAAGCUGAUAGGUGAAAUACAGUAUUUACCAUAUUGCAUGUUGUCUCAGAGAGCAGUAAAAUACGCAUGUAGAUUUUCAAACUUAACAUGCAAUAAGCCAGUAUUUAAACACUGUAGACUUUGUGACCACUUUAUUGUAAUGCAAUGUAUUUUGUCUUUUAACCUUUUUACUCUUUACAUUUUGCAAACUGUUCAAGCAUUUUUAUUAUUAAUAGUGUUAUGAUAUACAACAUAUUUACAAAAAAAAAAAACAAACAAAAUACAUGAUAUUUAAAUAUUUCCUGUAGUAACUUUACUUAGACAAUUUUUCCUUAGAUAUCGCCAGCUUUCUCAUCCAGGCUAAUCAAUGACUACAAUCAAAGAUACCACUCAUUUGCAUAUAUCGAUCAUAACGACAAUGUGCUGGUCACACACGUGUUGGUGAGAUUUGACGACAGAGUGCUGUACUUAAUUAUAUUGUAUAGCAAAGUUAAAAUGCAAAUCCAGGGAUAGUUUUAAAGCAUAAAUACUUGUUUUUUUUUUAAUAUCGACCUGAUUUGUAUGGAGGUUUUGAAGUUUUAGGGAGACUAUAGAGUACUAAAUGUGUGAUACUGUAGCUCAACCAGACUUCUAUUGGACAGAAGUUCAUACAUGCGUGUUUUAAUUGUGCGUCCAGCUGACUCGUGUUGUGUACGAAACUGCUGGCUGCAUGUGCCUCUUGUUUAGUUAUUGUUUUGUAAUAAGGACGUUUGACUUUCUGUCAAAAUGAACUAUUCCGUGUAAAUUGUGCUAAUGUUUUAUCUACGACAUUUUAUAGUUAAUUCUUAACUGAUCCAUUUAUGAUCUGUCUCUGCGGUAUGUUUCUGUCAUUUUUAUACAUUUAGGUAGAGCAAUAUACAAUUGGCACAUGCCAUGAAAUAAAUUCCUGUAUGAUGACGGUAUAGAUUUUUGUAUUUCAUGCGUGUUGCAGGAUAACAUUGCAGUUAAAAUGUGAUCCCUCAGAAAUAGAAAUUCCUAAUGUUUUUAGGAGUAAUGCAUAUUUAAUGUUUUCUACUGGUAUUUUGCAAGAGUUACCUCAUUUCUGUGAAAUCUUAUAUCAAGUUAAAACCAUCAAUAUUGUACAUGUAGAUAUAUUGUUUAUUGAAAGAACAUGUCUUUCAGUUUGUAUUCAACAGAUUUGAGAGGCUAGAAACAGCAUUUAACAUAACAAACACCGUAAUCCUAAUGAGUGAAAAAGUGGAAAAUUACUGUAGGCAAAUAAAAUCUGGUGCCUGAUGUCCUAUUUUCUUGCAUCCCACCAGGCAUCCAGGUUGAUUGCUUCUCAUCCAGAUCUUUUCCUAUUGAAGCUAUUAGUAUUGAUAGCACCAAAUUGUUUGGAUUUGUUUGGGGUUUUUUGCCUUCUUUUUUUUUUUUAGGGAUGUUGUGGGAGCAUGCAAAUUAAAUGAUGUAAUCCUGUUAGCUGAUCAGGAGUUUUAAACAGGCAAAAUGUUGCAUGUUCAAGAUUUAAUAGAUUUUUAUGGGUUUUUGUUCACAAUCACAGAGGCCAAAUUUGUUGAAAAUAGCAAAAUUUUAUGAUAUUCCACCAUUGUCUUUAAGAAAAGGUCUAUCCUUGGUGUAACACUGCAUGGAAAUAAUCAGGCAGCCUGCACUUCUGGUUAUCCUGGCCUAAUCAGUCAAGUAUACACUGACCAUUUUAUUAGCUGUAUGAUGCCAUCAUCAAAGUUUGUCUUUCAACAAACUUUAAAAACAUAAUAAAUUAUUCUUUCUUUGGUGUUUCUUAUACCAAAACAAGACAUUACUUGAAAAUAUGUAUGUAAUAGGCCUACAUUAAUGAUGUUACUUUGAAGUAUGACACAUUUUGUACAUGUAGGUACAACUGUUAGUACAGUCAAGAUGUAAAGCCUUUUAUGUCUGCCAGUGGUUAAAGAAUUUCAGUUACUUGUUUGUGUGUUGUUUUUUUUUUUCAGCACCAAGUCUAUAAGUUCUAGAAGAUAUAUUUCGAUAUAUCCAUAAUAAUACUUCACAAGCAUUUACACAGUACAUGUACAUGUGUGUAUGACAUAUAUCUUGUGGUGCACUAUUUUUUUGUCUUCUGUUCUACCAUCAUGUGGUUUAUGUGACUUGU